AGGUUCUGUUUGCGUUUCUCUCGCGUCGUCGUCGAAUCCGCCGCGUGCCGCAGUUCGUCGCGUAUGAAUUUUACAAAGAUUCCCUAAAUUCAUCGAAUUUAACAAGCGGAACAGUUCCUACGAGUGUUCAAAACCGAUCCAAGUGUCUUCUCGAACCCGAAGUAAAUGUUAACAUUUCUCCGUCGCGCCGUAGUGUCCGUAGAUUUCAAUCGCGGCGGAGUUUCAAAACUGCUUCGCCGGUACGCCCCUUCUGCUGUUGUACCCGAGACGAAACCUGCCAGUGCCGGUGCUGCUACAUUCCUCGCCCAAAUGGCCGAAGCGGUGGAGCAGAAAAUCUCCGACGGGAAAGCCCGCCAUGAAGAGCGCCACCGGCAAAAGCGUCAACAGCAGGAUGGGAAGGUGCGCUACAAUGGCAUGGUGAAGAAGCGCAAAUGGGAAGAUCCCCCGGAGGAUCCGGAAGCGGUUCGUAACUUUGACCCGGCAUCGCGCGUCAAGAAAAGGAAAUGUGUUAUAGUGAUGGGCUAUUCGGGGGUUAACUAUUUAGGUAUGCAGCGUAAUCCGGGGACGAAGACCAUCGAGGAGGAACUGCUGGUAGCGAUGCGGAAGCACGACUGGAUAAGUGAGGAGGCGUUCAAUCAGCCGCAGCAGAUUCAGUUUCAACGAGCGGCGAGGACGGAUAAGGGCGUGUCGGCUGCAACGCAGGUAGUUUCCAUUAAGUUGCCGGAGACUUUGGACAUCGAUGCGCUGAAUAAGGAUCUGCCGGAACAGAUCCGGGUGUUUGCCGUCAAGAGGGUCACCAAGGGUUUCAAUUCCAAGUCGAACUGUGACGCGAGGACGUAUACCUACACGCUUCCGACGAUGGCAUUCGCUCUGCAGGAGGACAAGGUGGACAAGGAAAGCUACCGGGUUCCGGAAGAGCGACUGAAGGUGGUCAGUGAAACGCUGAAGUUAUUCGAGGGAACGAAAAACUUUCACAACUUCACCAGUCGCAAGGAGUUCAUCGAUCCGUCUUCCAAACGGUUUAUAAUGUCGUUCGAGUGUGAGGCGCCUUUUAUUCCGGAAGGAACGACAGUGGAAUUUGCUACGUUGAAAAUCAAAGGCCAAAGCUUCAUGUUGCAUCAGAUUCGGAAGAUGGUUGGCCUGACGUUGGCCGUGGUGCGCGGUUUGACCCCUGCGGAAACCAUCGUGAAAGCGUUCGAAGAGCAACGGUACGGGAUUCCAACAGCACCUGGUCUAGGGCUGGUCCUGAACAGGAUUCACUACGAGAAGUACAACGUGCGUUACGGAGAGGAUGGAUGCCACGAAGCGUUGGAUUUCCAGAAGGAAGAAGAACAGAUACAGGAAUUCUUCCGCAAGCACAUUGCGGCGACGAUCGUGGACACGGAGCUAAAGACGGCUUCCAUGUUCGAGUGGCUGGAAACGUUGCCGCUUCACAGCUACGAGCCCAGGGACGAGAACGAAGUCCGGGAGUGGAAAGGUAAGCCGAAAAAUAAUGACGAUGAUGAUGAUGAUGAGUAGGGGGAUUUUGGGUGGAACUAAAUACCUAGUAAGGCAACAUUGUAGGGGAUAAAUGAAUAUAAACUCAAACACAA